CUUGGUCCCUUUGCUUUCAGCCUACCGGAAGAUGUACAUGGGCGACCAGGUUCUCGGCUAUACGUGCACAAUGUGCAGCAAGUUCUACAAGAUGUGGAGCAACUAUUUGAAGCACAAGUGCGAACCGCCUCAGUUCAAGUGUCCCUUGUGUCCGUUCGCUGCGUUCAAGGCCUUCAUUCUACACGCCCAUCAGGCCGAGCAGCACUUCAAGUUGUCGUUUAUCCAUGUGGUUCCUGUGGCAAGACGUUCAAGUGGAAGAAAAGCUUGGUGCGACACGAACGAGAGGAGUGUGGAAGGAAGCAGUAUCAGUGUCCUCAGUGUCUUCGCCUGAUGAAUCGAAGGGACAGUCUUAUUCGUCACUUACGAUUGAAACAUGGACAAGAUUGCCGCGUUAAAACGCGAGUCAUGCACCGAUCAAGCUCUCUCAGGGCUAAAAGUUGCUCUGACGCCGCGCUGAAUCACGAGACUACUCGAUUACCGAGGAAAUUCGCGAAGAAUUUGUCUGCGCAAUGCUAAUCUAUCGAAGUAUUCCUUAACGAUCGGUGAUGCUCGAUAACGAUGUAGUAUAUAAUUGUUUUUGAAUUAACGGCGACCUCAUUUCUCUAGUAUAUAAUUGUUUUUGAAUUAACGGCGACCUCAUUUAUGUCGAUGGAAACGAUGCUUUUUAAAUAUUUUCCUACAAAAUAAGAACGCAAUGGAACGUAUUAUGUAUACCUUGUUCUUAUUUAUUAUUUGACGAAAUUAUUAUUUAAUGAAAAAUGU